AUGUUCGACCGACUCAAGGAUAGGAUUCGCCGCCACAGGCACAAGAAUGGACAACAGGUCAAACCCACACCAGCGAAGCCAGCGCAAGGGAACACGGCAAAACCCCAACCCGUGUCAGCUCCUGCCGCACCAGCUGCCAAGUUGCCGCCUGUGGAAAGCACCGAGUUACCGGCCGAGGAAAAGCCAGCUGAGAAACCAGAUGCCCCAAAGGAUUUGUGGGUGGAGGCCCUGAACUCUCUCCCUGAAUCCAAACAGGAAGCUCUCAAGAAGAUGGGAUUUAACCAGUCCAGUGCUCAAUCUGGAUCUGUUGAGUCCAGCAUUGAGGAUCUGGUUGGCGUGGUCAACCAAAGACAAGAAGAGUGCGAGAAGAAAUUUUGGAAAGUCAAAGUCGGCGGCGAAGAGAUUGUCCUAAGGGACUAUACCAACAAUAUUGUGGACUGGUUGGGGAAGGCUGGGGAUAUUGCAGUGCAAUUUGCUCCGCCUCAAGCAGCUAUACCUUGGUCUGUCAUCAAAUCUGUCAUGCAGAUUCCGGUCAUCGAAGGCGAGCAAAUGGCUGCUAUGCUUGCAACCACUGAAAAAGUCGUCCGCGUGAUCAGCCGUGGCCAAGUGUACGAGUCUGUGUACCUCAGGAACAAACCCGCUACGGAUAGCCUCUCAAAGAACCUUCAAUCUGCACUGACCACAAUCUAUACUACAUCGCUGGAUGUACUCGCUGAAUCGGCAAGUCUGUUCUCCAAAAACACAGCCACACGCACGCUUGAAGCAAUCCUCAGUCCGGGCAAGGUCUCUGGCAGUAUCUCGGCUAUAAGUGAGCAAGAAGAUGAUCUCCUGCGUGAUGUCUCAGCGUGCGAAGUGAGACGCAGUGCAAACGCGGACGACAGCAUGAUUGAAAUGCUGAAUGCGUUGAAUGCACCAAUGAAGCGGGUAGAUGAGAACAUCCAACAUCUCCUUCAAAACAUGGACGAAGAACAGCGUAUUAAGAUGUUGGAAUGGAUCUCCUCUAUUCCAUUCGGCAAAAAUCAUAACAAUGUCAAAGAGAAGAGAACACCCGGCACGGGUGAAUGGUUGUUACAGACUGAGGAUUUCGCCACAUGGGAGCAAAGCGACUCGUCUAUCUUCUGGCUCCAGGGCUCCCCCGGCACCGGAAAGACCUACCUCACAUCAGCCGUUAUCGACCGAAUCCAGGACCGAUUGAGUAACACACCUAAGAAUGAAGGCUUUGCAUUUUUCUACUGUGAUAAGAACGAACCGCCACGUGCACAGGCACUAUCAAUCCUUCAAAGUAUUGUGCGUCAACUCUCAACUACUGCGAAGAGUCCUGAAUCCACACAGAAGAAGCUUUGUGAAUUAUACAAUAGAUGUCGCAAUGCAGGAUCGACCUUCAGCCUAGAGCAGUGCAAGGAGCAGAUCCAGGCCUCGAUGGAUAUUUACGAGAAGACCACAAUCGUGAUUGACGCCAUGGACGAGUGUGAUACAGAUACCCGCGACGAGCUCAUCGAUGCCUUGGAUACUUUCGUUUCUCAAUCCAACGAACGGCAUAUAAAAAUCUUCAUUUCAAGCCGACCGGACCACGACAUUCAGGUCCGAUUGCAAACUGCACCCAAUAUCGACAUCAACGCAAGUGACAACAGAGGCGACGUCCAGAAAUAUCUCGAUGUUGAGUUAGACAAGCUUGCCAAGAAGACUCCUUCCAUCGGACGCCUGAAAGCCAAGAUUCUGGAUACUCUACUUGAGCGCUGUCAAGGAAUGUUCCAAUGGGCGGCUCUACAAGUGCAUCAAAUCCAGAAGUGUAAGACUGAGUCUAGUGUAUGGAAACGACUUGAAAAUCUUCCGGAUGAUAUUCAAAAGGCAUAUGACGAGGCAUGGAGUCAAAUCGAAGAUCUCGAGGAACCUGAUAAGGUCCUAACAUACCGCGCUAUGCUCUGGGUUAUGGCUGCUGAGCGACCGCUCUCCACAUCCCAGCUUAUCUGCGCUGUUCGCGUGAACACGAAAGGGGAGGUACCUACAUUAGCAGAUGAAAUUGAUGAGCAAGGAUUACUGUCACUCUGUAACAGCCUCCUCACGAUUGACUCUCAGCAAAAGGUGUGGCGAUUCGCACAUCUAUCGGUCCGCGAAUACCUCGAAACCAAGAUGCAAUGGACCCUUCCACGGGCUAAUUUCCACGCCGCUAGUGCCUGUCUCUCAUGGCUCAUCACGAUGUAUGACAAAGACGACAAUAACGAAAUUGAUUUGUCAGGUUGGAAGGGGCAACCGGAGCCGGGCGAUAUCUUCCACCUCAUGCACCCAUUCCAUCUAUACAUGAGACAUCACUACGUUGUCCUCCUUUUGAAAACCUUCCUCGGAUCUCCCGAGGAAAGCAGCAAGCAAUACCGGAAAUGGUAUGAAGUGAUUAAGGACGAUUUGGAGAGGAUCGUUGACGUCGCUCAAGGCACGGAUGAAUUCCACUUCUACCUGGAGGCAGGUGGUUUUACCAAAGAAGAGUUCGACACAUGCGACUUCAAUCAGGCACAGCAUCCGGAGUAUGGCGAGUUUGAAAGCGAGUUAGGACCAUCAGAUGCUGCCAUUUAUGCGAUGUGUCAUCUUUCAUUUGCUGCGAUACUAUCAGACUGGUGGGAAAAUGCAGAAUUUGAUGUUUCGCGCGUGAACGAACGAGGUCAUAAUCUUCUCACGAUCGCUGCUCGGGUUGGAUGUACGUCAAUUUGCAAAACACUCGUCGAAAAGGGUGCGGAUUUGAACCAGCAGGUUGAGGGUCAAGAUUAUGGCAGUGCCCUUCAUGCAGCAGCUCACAGGGGACACACGGAAACCGUGAAAUAUCUGGUAGAAGUAGGUGCAAAUGUGAACAUGACAGUGGAAAACGGUGAACAUGGGAACGCCCUCAUCGCAGCGCUUGCCGCUGAGAAAGUCGAUACUGCCAAAUUCCUGAUCCAAAAGGCGGGCGCAGAUGUGAACAAGACCCACACCCUUGAGGAGGAGGAAGAGGAUGAAGAUCUCGAUCCGGUCGUCGUCCUGACCCCAAUUGCAUUAGCAGCCAAAAUUAACGGCACCGAGCUUCUCAAGAUCCUGGUGGAUGCUGGAGCCGACGUUAAUGUGCUAGAACAAUCUGGAAACCCUAUUUCUGCAGCAAUCAAAUCCCGCAAUUUUGAGGGUGUCAAGUACCUGAUUCAAAAGGCGAAGGCUGAUGUGAACUUGCCAAUCUCGGAGGGUAAUUUCCGCACUUUCCUGGAACGGGCAUCGACCGACAGCAGAAAUUUGGAAAUUGUCAAAUGGUUAGUUGAAGCAGGCGCCGAGGUGAAUCCGUCGGAAUGCGGAGAGAAUGGCACCCCUCUCGCAGCAGCAGCUCGCGGAACCAACAGCGCAAGAAAUGCGAGCUCGAUUGAGAUUGUGAAGUACCUUGUCAAUGCAGGGGCAGAUGUUCACAAAGGGGAUGACGAGAGCAGCCCUGUUUCUCUGGCGGUACUUGCUCAUGACAUCAAGGUUCUCAAAUACUUGAUUGAAGUAGGCGGGGAGCUGAAUGUGCAGAAGGAAUUCGAGCAAUCGAUCAAACAUGGAUUCUUUGAGGGUGUCAAGUACCUGAUCGAGAAGGGUGCCAACGUCAACAAGCCCCUUUCUGACGGAGACUAUGGUACUGCCCUCGAAUAUGCAGCAGCAAAGGACACAACCCUUGAAAUUACCAAGGCACUAGUGGAGGCAGGAGCAGAUGUGAAUUUGCUCUCAGAGAACGGGGUAUAUGGUAGUCCCCUCGCAGCAGCAGCAGCUUCAUUCUUAGGUGGUAUUGUCGACACUGUCAAGUAUCUGAUCCAAAAGGGUGCUGAUGUCAAUUUGUCAUUGCCGCAUGGAAAUUAUGGUAAUGCUCUCACAGCAGCAGUGGCAAGUAGUUGCAACGUCGAGGUCGUCGAGUGCCUCGUUGAGGCAGGAGCAGACGCGAAUGCCUUGCCAGAGCAUGGAAACUAUGGCAGUGCUCUUGAAGCCGCUGUAGUAUCCGGGGUGCAGGCCCUAGUGGGCGCGGGAGCAGAUGUAAACUUACCAAUCAAGAAUGGGGAUUAUGGCAGCGCACUCGCUGUUGCAGCGAGCGAGUGGGAUGUUGAGGUUGUCCAGGUCCUGCUCGAUGCAGGGGCUGAUGUCAACAUGCCACUCGACAAUGGAGAUUACCGCAGUGCGCUCGCAGCUGCUAAAGCGCAAGAGGAUAAUGAAGAAGUGAUAAAGCUCCUUGAAGAACGUGGGGCAACAGUUUGA